AAUGUGCAGGUGUUGAUAUUCUAUGAAGACCACUAAACAUUAAUUUUGGAAUUACUGCGCCUUGUUUGACAGUUCCCGUUGUGGGGUUUUGUUCGUGGACUAAAGCAACAAUUAUCGUCUUGUGACAGUAGUUGUAUUUUCUUAAUUUUUUUAUUCAAUUGUCAUUUGACAACAUGAGGACGUUAAUAUUGCCUGUUCUAUUACAAAUGACGACUAUUGCCUUGGUGAGUGCUGGCUGCCCUGUGAUGUGUGAGUGCCCGAUUGGCCCCCCCUCCUGUCUCCCGGGGGUCAGCUCUCUACCUGACGGUUGUGGCUGCUGCAAGGUGUGUGCUGCCCAGCUCAACCAGAACUGCCACGACUCACACCCCUGUGACCACCACAAGGGGCUGGAGUGUAACUAUGGCAAUGACGUGGGCCACACUCAUGGCAUCUGCAGGGCGAAGCUCGAGGGUCGCCCCUGCGAAUACAACGGACGGAUCUACCAGAACGGGGAGAAUUUCCAGGCUGGCUGCAAGCACCAGUGUACGUGCAUUGACGGGGCGGUGGGCUGCGUGCCCCUGUGCCCCAGCCACGUGCCCCUGGCUUCGCCAUCCUGCCCUGCCCCGCGCCUGGUCAAGGUGCCUGGGCAGUGCUGUCUCAGUAUCGACUGCCACAAGGGCUCAUCCGUUGUACCCCCAGUACAACGGCACCCACUGCCUCCAGCCUACCUGCCUUUCCCCUUCAUGCCCUACCCUGCCUACCCCUACAAACCAUACCACUACAAACCCAAGGAUACCAUGGGAAACGAGCUGGUGGAGGUAGAGAAGAAGUGGGACAAGCUGCGCGGGCACAAGCACCUGGCGGCAUGGAGGCAGUUUGGAGGGCAGUGUGUGGUCCAGACCACGAGCUGGUCCCAAUGCUCACGCAGCUGUGGGAUGGCCGUGUCCUCUCGUGUCACCAAUGACAACGCCCAGUGUAAGCUAGUGAAGGAGACGCGUCUGUGCAACAUCCGGCCCUGCAGCUCCAUGUCCAUCCCCGUCAAGAAAGGGAGGAAGUGCUCCCGUACCCACAAGGCCCCAGAGCCCCUGCGUCUGUCCUAUGCUGGCUGCCGCAGCACGCGUCUCUACCGGCCCAACUACUGCGGCGUAUGUGUGGACGGCCGCUGCUGCUCGCCCAGACACACACGCACCGCCUCCGUGACCUUUGCCUGCCCUGAUGGUGAGCGCUUCGACCACUCCGUCAUGUUUGUGCAGUCCUGCAAGUGCAGUGAUAAGUGCAGUCAUCUGAACGAGGCUGCCCUCCCACCCCAGCAGUGGCUCUACGGAGACACACACAAGUUCACUGACUAGCGUCCCCUUCAAAUCCCUCACUCGCUCCCCAUCACUUUACCCCCAAGCCAAGCCCCUGAUAGAGAAGUAGUCCUAAGAGUAUCUUUGAGUAGACACUAGCCAGAUGCAAAGAUCCCCCACCACCCUCCUGGAGCAUGUUUUGGGAGGCCUGGGUGAAGGAAUUUGAUUGGUUGAUCUGCAUUCUGGACAGAGAUGAGUGACUAGUGCCGGCCUUAGAGUAGACACCCGGUCCAUUGUGGUUCAUCAACCGGAAUCACCAAAGUGUGUAACUAGACAAACAUGGAUUUGUCCGGCCACCAUUUUGUCACUCCCCAUGCACUCCUGUACUCUGGGACUGAACCCGCACUGUGGGGACGAUGGAGAAAGGUGGGACACACCCAAUGCAGACUCGAACACAGCUGCUGCACACACCCAGUAGACUUGUGGACUUGGGAUGGUAAGGUGUUACAUUUCAUGGUGACUGCCAGCAUAGAGUAGGCCUGUCAAUGGCAAGCAGGUCUGGUUUGAGUGGAAGGAGAAUCAGACAAGCAAGAAAACUGAAUUACUUAUCCAGUAGAUUUCCAAUAUCUGCUAUUUAGACACUAAAAUACAAAGUUUUUGUGGGAUAGAAGAUGGAGCCUCCACAGAAUGCUCUGGAAGGGACAUUUGUAUUUGUAAUAUUUAUUGUUGUGACAGAUGACAGUGGUUGCCAAUGAGAGAAGAGAUGCUGCUAUGUUUGGAGCGGCAUGACCGGAGGACCCUGAGAGAGAUGAUAAAACAGCUGAGAUCUGUCAGCAGAGAGAGGGGAGUUCCAGGAAGUCUGGGACUUGACCCCUGGUCUCACCAGUGUUCACUAAUCAAACAGCCACAUUACCUGAGCAAUAGUGGACGAAGACAACUCCCCAAGGAGAGAUGUUAUGGUUAGAGACAGACUGGUGCAGAACCUGUUGGCUGAGGCUUUGUCUGUGAUAAGUCAUUACACAGUUGGACCAGUCUCCAUUUCUUACUCAGCCCUGAAACAGUGAGACAUUUAACAUAGCGCCAGCGGAACAAGCCUCGGAUUCUGGCAUUGAGAAGUCGUGUUGCUGAUUUGAAGCAAAUUACAAUCCUGACUGAGGGGUAGAAAGAACCUCAGCCACCCUCUGGUUUGUUAUAAAAAUAAAAAUGCCUGCAUAUGAAGUAAACAUAUAAUUUGUAACUAGCGGGCGGGACCGUUUCAGACUCAAUCUGGCCUGUAAUCUAGCAACUGAUCCACAAUACUCCACAAAACUCUUACUCAUGUUGCUUUAUGUUUGUGGCGUAUAAAUCUGCUCUCUGCCAUUGAAGGUUGACAUGUCGACGAUAACAUCAUGCUCAUUAGACUGAAGCAGACAUGAGGACACUACAAAGGGAUCAGCACUACAGCGGCUAGAAAUUUCCGCCUUUGCAUGGACAUGCGUCAGUCUGUUAUAGCACCUCGAAGAGAUUAGUAUAACAGUUGUCUGAAGUUGGAGGUUAAGAUUCUGUAUCGGUGAGACAUGGACCUCCUUAGAAUUGCCAAAUUCUCCCCUAUUAGGAUGGGUUGAUAAUUAAUGCACCUUGUUCAUGACUUUAGUCUGAGAUAUACCACUCAGAUUAAAGAUGUAAUUCGCAUGCUUUUCCCUCUGACUAUGAAAAGUAUUAGAGGAUUCAAGUAUUGAAGCCCAUAUUACAUUGUAGUCCAUGAGAUUUUUAACCUGCCUUGUAUAAGUGUUGAUUUGUAUUUUUCUAUGAUUCAACUUUUUGUACAACUUCUAGGUUGGAACAGGCUUUCAUAGUUGCCGCACACAGCCUGUUAGGUGAUUGACUUUGUAAAAUAAAAAUGGACGUUAUCUGAUUGAUGGCAGUGUCUAACCACU